AUGAUGCGCUCUGUUGCUGGCGGGCUUCGCCGGCUCCUUGCCGCACAGCAUGUGCCCUUCCGCGCCUCCUCCUCGGCUUCCCGUGCCAUGAGCACCACCGGCCAGGAGCCUUCCUUCUACCAGGCCGUCGAGAUCUACUUCGACGAGGCCUCUGCUCUGACCAAGCAUAACGAGCGCCUUCUCGAUGACAUCAAGGAGGUGGAUUCCCUCAUCUCUUUCACAUUCUCCAUUGAGGGUGACAAGAUGGACGACCAAGGUCGCCGUGUUCUGACCAAGAUCAAGGCUUACCGCGCCCAGCACUCCCACCACCGCCUUCCUUGCAAGGGCGGUAUCCGCUACUCCCCCGAUGUUGAUGCCGAUGAGGUCAAGGCCCUGGCCUCCCUCAUGACCUGGAAGUGCGCUGUCGUCGAUGUGCCCUUUGGCGGCGGCAAGGGUGGUGUUGUGAUUGACCCUCGCAAGAUGAGCGAGCGCGAACUGGAGAAGGUCACCCGCGCCUACACCCUGCAGCUCAUCCGCCACAACUACAUUGGCCCCGGUGUGGACGUCCCCGCCCCAGAUAUGGGCACUGGCGCUCGCGAAAUGGCUUGGAUCAUCGACACUUACCGCGGCAUCCGCCCUGACGACGUGUCUGGGCAGGGCGCUGUGACGGGCAAGCCACUGGAGAUGGGCGGCAUUGCUGGCCGCACGGAGGCCACGGGUCUCGGCGUGUACUUUGGCCUGCGCGACCUUUGCGGCCACCCGGAGAUUAUGGAGAAGGUUGGCCUCCCCACAGGCACCAAGGACAAGCGUAUCGUCGUCCAGGGCUUUGGCAACGUCGGCUACCACACUGCUCUGUUCUUCCAGCAGCGCGGCGGCGCGCACGUGAUUGCCAUUGCCGAGCGCGACGGGUACAUCUACAACGAGAACGGCAUUGACAUUCCAAAGCUCAAGCAGUACUUUGACGCUAACGGCUCCAUCAUGGGCUUCCCCGCUGCAGAGUCCAUCGUAAGUUGCCCUCGCUCGCUCUUGCUCGGCGACUCCUGUCUGACUGCGCUGCUGGCAGUUUUGCGCUACUCAGCAGCUUUCCACCAAUGCAUUGCGCCACUGACACACAAGCACGCACAUCCUUACACGUCCAAUGCGGCCAACGGCCCGCUGACCCCGACUGCGGACACUAUCCUCAACAGCCGCGGCAUUGUCAUUGUGCCAGACCUCUACCUCAACGCUGGCGGUGUCGUCGUCUCCUACUUUGAGUGGCUGAAGAACCUGUCCAACGUGCGCUUUGGUCGCCUGAACCGCCGCUUCGACGAGAGCCGCGGGCAGAAGAUUGUCGACAUCCUCAAGCAGACUGGUGUGCAGAUUACGGCUGAGGAGGAGAACCGCAUUGUGCGCGGUGCAUCUGAGCGUGAUCUGGCCGAGUCUGGCCUCGAGGACACCAUGAGCGACAGCCUUGUCCAGAUUCUGCGGCAGCAGGCUGAGCUUGAGAAGGAGACGAAGACCAACGUGUCUCUUCGCGUCGCGGCGUUUGUGCUUGCCAUCAACAAGGUUGCCAACGUCCGCUACAAGCGCGGUCUCGUCAACCCCGCCUCCUCCGCCAUCUAAACACGCGGGAGAAUUGCCUACAGGCACGCGCACGUGCAUGACUGCGUGCGUGUGUUCGCAGCGUGUGUGCUUCAAGGUGUGGCCAGGUUGUGUGCCUAAUGCUGACUGCUCGCGUGCAUGAUGAUGUUGUGCUCGCUUUCUCUUCUCUCUUUUGUCUCGUGCAUUUCUUCUGAUUGUCCACUACUACUCUCCCGUUUGUUUGCCUUGUGCUUUGUAGUAUUCCUGCCCGCCCUUUGUUUCCCUCUGCCCCUGUUCCCUUUGCAGUUUUGUUUCAUGUGUAUGCCAACACGUGCGGGUGCACACGCGUGUGCGUGCUGGUUUGCAUAUUGAAAUGUGUAAUAGAUGACUUGCCAGUCACACGAUCACACGAUGGAUGGAAG